CCCCCGGAAUUUAUGCGCUUCCGGGGCCGCCGGUUCACGCGGCCCCGGGGCGACCCUGGCCGCCAGCGGGGCCGGCGGAAUCGCGGAGGACGCCGGUACCGGGCAGCCGGACGAGCCGAUGAUCCACGUGGAGAGAUCGACGCACCACCAGGGCACAUGGAUAUGCUGCGCGCCCUGUUACUGGCUCAGGAGGAGCAAGGCCGUGCACAAGGCGCUCCUGACCUUCGCCAUGCUGCUGGUCACCAGUCUCCUGGUCACCAGCCCGGUGCUCUUCCUCAUCACGACCCUCCCGGAGGGUGAGCAACCCCGGAGCUGCGCGUCGUUGGAUGAAGCUUGUGUCAGAGAGCGAGAUGGGCCUGAUGGUGUCUGCAAUAGUGAUACCUGCGUGGAAGCUUCGAAGAGAAUCUUGGCAUCCAUGAAACGAGGCGUCGAUCCUUGCAAGGAUUUUUAUAAAUUUGCCUGCGGCGGUUUUCGCGAUCGACGACCCUAUCAAUCUAGCGCAAGUUUCCACCUACUUCAAGCGCAGACCGAUGAAUAUAUACACAAAACGUUGGCGAACGAGACAGGACAGAUGGUAGCCUCCUUCGAGAAGCUCGGACAAUUUUAUGACGCUUGUCGAGGGUUCAGGAAGAAAUCCGUAAAUUUUACACUCGUUUAUAAGCUCUUAGACGAACUAGGUGGUUACUUAUCGCCAAAAAGCGCGAUACCGAACGAUAUCACUCCUCUGAUCUCCGUGUUGCUAAAAGUAAACGGCGCGCCCCUCUUCGACUUAUACGUCGACGUAGAUCUUUACGAUCGCACAAAGUCAUCCGUAUACCUUGAUCUCCCUACCAAGCAUCAAAGUCACGAGUUUCUCACAGAGGAUCAGAGAAACGAAGACGUACAAAAAUCGAGUAGAAUUCAAGAGAUAAUUCGAGAAUUCUUGCCGAAAAAUAUAAGUCUCAUAGAUCAAUCGGCGGAGACGAAUCUGCUUUUGCAGUUUUACUUAUCGCUAGAAAAGAUUUAUCCGAAGCACAAAGACUUGUACAACUGGGUGGACGUUGAUCAAAGGGUGUACGUUGCUUAUAACGUGUCUUAUCUUCAAGAAAACUUUAGUUACAUAAGAUGGAAAUCGUUGCUGAAUACAACGUUACGCCGACGUAUCGAUCCGCACGGUGAUAAUAACGACACGAAUCAAGGACCGACAUCCGAGGAUCAGCAGAUCUAUGUCUACGUCACGGUUCCACGUUACUUGCGUAAUCUUGGCAAAUUAUUAAAUCACUCCUCCAAACGGCUUAUUCAUAAUGGAUUGCUGUUGCUCUACGCCGUGGACACGUUGCACGAUAUCAUGAACGUUACCGUUGUCAAAGAUUGGGAGACUUCCUGCUACAGAUUGACCAAAAGUGUUUUUAGCGAAGCGAUAAGUGCGCUUUACGUGCGACAGUAUACGCCAAGAUAUUUGGAGACUUUGGUUAACAGGGUGACUGUAUUAUUCGAACGUGUGAAAGAAACGAUAGCCGAACGUAUAUUAGUGAAAUCGUGGCUCGAUGAUGAGACCAGAGCGCAGGCUUUACUAAAAUUGAACUCCUUACGGGGUCGAUUUCAAGUAUCACCUGCUUUCUACAAUGAUACCUUACUGAAUCACGAAAUGGCCGAGGUCGUGAUUGAGGAUGAUUUUAUUGCCACCGUUCUGAGAAGGUUUCGUCAAAUUCGGAGACCAGAGGAGCAAAGUUCCUUACGAAGAAAUGCGAUAGAAAGACGCCACUAUCCUUAUUCUAUGCACGCCUAUUACGAAUCUUCAACAAACACGAUCAGAAUUCCAUUGGUUAUGAUGGUAUCCUGGACAUGGUCAUGGGACGGUGGACCGGCUUACGCGGUUCACGCUACUCUAGGAUCGGUCAUCGCUCACGAGAUUCUUCACGCCUUUGAUUUUCACCGUCGUAAACCGUCCAUGGAUCCGGAUCCAAAUAUUGACGAGUGGCUUUGGAUCAUGCCGGACUCUUGGAAGCGAUUAGAGACUAGGAUAGAGUGCGUCGCGAGAUUUUACGCCCGAAGUUUCUGGCGUAAGGUCCAGUCUUACGGAAGUGACGUUGCUGUACAGUUCGAUUGGAAUAUGACGAGAAAUGAGAUUGUUGCGGAUAUCGGAGCUCUACAAAUUUCUCACAAAACUUGGCACACUUUGACAAAUGGGAAGGAUCGAAGUCUUCCUAGACUAGAAGGGCUCCGUCCAAACCAACUUUUCUUUAUAAGUGCCGCUCAGGCGUACUGUGUUAACAUGACUGCCGAGGCCUAUGUCUCCUCCGUUGAGUCCGAUUAUCGUCUACCUCCAGAAAGGAUCAACGGUAUAAUGAUGAAUUCUCAAGCAUUUGCGGAAGCAUUUCGCUGUCCACUCGGAGCAAAAAUGAAUCCCCCUAAUAAGUGCACUGUCUGGUGAUAAUUAUACACAUAUAUUCGUCGGUAUGUGAGUAUAUGUCGCGUCGAUUUUGCAAUAAACGCUUUGCUUCUCGUUCCGUAAUUAGAAGGAAUCGCGUAGAUCGUUUCAGAAUCACAAUUCACAGCGAAAAUUAAUACUGUAUAAGAAUAAAUAUUUGUCUUUCUCUCUCUCUAACUCAUUAAA